CAUCUUCCUAUGGCGGAAUCUAUCCCUAUGAUUGCACGGCGUCAGAAUAUUUACGACGACUACUUGUUUGCUGAAGAGAAAAAGGCGAGUAGUCGCGAGACAGAACUACUUGGAACCUUUUUUCAGUUUCUAGCGAAUUUUGACUUUGACCGAGCCAGUGACGUCAUUGCACAAAACAAAGAUAGAAAACAAACUACUAGCAUGCAUUCCUGGGGUUCAUUGUUGACCCAACUGCAUGAUCUUACAGCUCACGAGAAAAGCUACCACAAUCUUGAAUUCUUUGAACAGAAGUGGUUUGGUCGAAAGGAAAGUCUGAAAUCAGCAUAUGAUUCUGUGGCAAAUGAGCUUCGUCAUCUUCAAAAAGUUUUUUCUCAACGGAGAAGUGGUAUGUCAUCUCAGUGGGAGACACAGAUGAGUCAACUGUGCCAACAACUACUGACAUUUGUUUCUGUGAGACAGCAAAUGAUGCAAUACUACUGCGAACUAGCUGCAAUGGCAACCUCUUUAGUUCUUAUAGACUACAAUAAAGAAUUGUCAAAGAUUGGGACUCUCAAGCAACAGUGUGGAAGCUUGCAUUUUUUGGAGCCAAUGGAGAGUAUGAGCAAGAUGAUUAAAGAUGAACUUCAAUGCCUUGAGCUAGUGAAUGAGAGUCAGAUCAGAAUAGCAUCUUGUCAGUUUCUUGAGGCAUUACUAAGUCUGGAUGCUUGUAAAUCGUUGUUGAUGUCGUGGAAUGGGCCAUCACCACAGAUUAAGAAACCAAGAUUUCUUUUGAUAAGUAAAUAUACUGGAGAGACACAGCUUCAUCACUGGCUACGUCAAUUUUACUCACUGUUAUUGGCUAAAUUCUCAUUGUAUAACCACAAAGUUUUAGUAGCGCAAUCUCCCUCUGCAGAUGUCAAACUACCAGUUGAGCUUGAUUUCUAUGCAAGACUUUUCCAAUUUCAAAAAGUGACAAAUGCUGUGAAUGUUGCUGUUGUCUUUGAUGCAAAUGGAUCAACCGAGGUUUAUCAAGGUUAUGGUUAUCAUCUUCCUGAUGCUAAAGCAGAGCGUCCGUUUGGUCUAAGCUCUUAUCCUGCCAUUGUUUCUAUUCCAUCAGAUAUCGUAUUAGAACAUUGGCCAUCAAUUGUGUGUCUUGUAACUGAGAGGUCACAGCACUUGGAUCAGAACCCCAACCCAUUACAAUUUUUAGAUGAGAAAACACAGAAUUUGUAUAUUGUCACUAAAAUUGAAGAAAAGAUGUACCUUGUGUUGAUCUACAAGUCUCGCCGCCAAAGCAGAGAUUUGGCUAUAGCAUCAUUUCUGUCAGAAAUGAUUUCAAUUUUGAGGAACACAAGGCAGUAUAAUCUCCUGCAUCAGAAAAAGACUAAACAGUGAAGCACUUUUGGCUCUGCAGGUUCUAAUAUACAGGUAUAUAUAAAGUUUUAGUAAUAAAAUAAAUUGCUAAUAAUCCAUGCUAAUCACGUGAUUUUUGUAAUGCUAUGACUUGUGAUGCAAAGCAUGGACUUUUGUUACUUUAUGAAAAAAAAGUUUAA